GGAUAUUUAUCCUGCAAACUUUAGGCUGCUCGUGAGAGCGCCGAGGGCAGGGGUCGGAAUAAAUACACGAAAAUAAAGUGAGAAAAUAAUAAUCUAAGUCCGAUUCGAGUGCUCUCAUGCGUUCUGACGAGGUUAACUCCGAAUGCUGCUCCACUUUUGAGGAAUUGGAUGGCUUCGGGUGAUCAGGCGGUUUGCGAGUUGAUUUAAAAUUACUGGCGACGAGGAAUGAGGGAGAGGUGUUCCAAAAUUUAUACACGAUCAACGCUCAGUGAAGAGGUUAUCCUGAAAGGAACAACGGACAAAAACAAGAGCUCUGUCAAAGCUCCCCGCCACUUAUUCAUUACCCUCUCGAUGUAACUAGACUUCAAUGCCGCUACGACGUGAGCAAGCGUGGGAAAUUCUAGGGGAGUCGCCGCACCGAUGGCCACCAGGGGCAGACGAAGGCAGCAGACAGCGAAGGGGAAUCAGACUACUUUGUCGUCAUUUUAUGGUGGCAAUAAAUCGAGGUCUCAACAAGUCGCGUCCAAUGAUUCUUUGGAUGGUGCCCAAAUUGCCGAAGAGUCGCCUUUACUUACUGGAGACCCGAAUGUAACGAGUGGGGAACGCGUUGGGGGAGAGCGUGUUGGCAGUGAGGACGAUGUCCCUUCGCCGCCGUCUGCACCACAUUCGGGACUCCCCUCCAUAGAGAAGAAGAUCCAUUUUCGUUCCGGAAGACGGCUCGUGUCUCUCUUGGAUUUGCCUGUUCUUGAACUACCUAGCAGCUGCCGGCGCGUCGGUGGUGCUGAGAAAAUCCAAAUUCUGAAGCCACAGCAGUCGAAGGUUGCAGGGCCUCUUGACCGUUUGUUUAGGGACACUUCCGGGUCGGCCAGAGAGUCCUUCAAAGAGUCGGCGCCUGAUCCUCUUCCGGACAUUCGGCCUUCUAUACCUGAAGUCCGUUCACCAGCGCCGGCGCGUCAGGAGAGCUAUUCCCGAGAAGUCUCCAUCCUCGAAGUAGACCCGCCCAAAUCCUCUCCAUUUGAGAGGCCAAUCACCAUUUCGGAUUCUCCUCCCCCGUCGAUAAGGCAAACAACGAGGACCACUCAUCCUUUCUUUCUGCCAAAGAAGUCAAAGUCUUUAGCUAACGAAGUGAUCCACGCUGAGGAUGAUUCCCUACAGCUGGUGCAAACGACGUGUGCACCGAAAGAUGAUGCCAUCGACCUCACGCAAUCCCCAGUCAAGUCUUUGUCGCGCUCUGAACAGAAACUCCCCCGUUUUAAGGCGCGCUUCGCACCGAGGGAAGCACCUUGGCCUUGUCCAGGUAUGCAGCACAUACAGUCAUUAAGCACAAACCCCCUGUCUGCGAUGGCAUGCCCAUUCCCUCCAAGACAUAUCCAAAAGCAUGACUCAGUCCCUUCUCCACCCUUCACUUUCCCCUCAUCCAAUCUUACCCCACCACCCAGUCCUCAAACACCACUUCACUUGGAGCAUCGACCCCCUUCGAAUUCAAUACCGGAUGAACAUCUCAUGCACCCAGCUUUAUCCCGUUUGAGAGCUUGCCGUUCCGAAUCUUGGCAAUUCGCGCAUGCGAGUCAACAAUGGGUGGACAAGUAUAAACCGAAUCGUGCUAAUCAAGUCCUCGGCAAUGAACUCAAUGCUCAGUAUAUCAAAGAGUGGUUGCUAGCAUUGCGAGUCACGUCUCAAGGAGGGUCGUCUUCCCGGGGUAAACGACCGAGAACGACCAUCCGUCAAGCAGUCGACAAGGUCCAAGAGCGCGCAAAGAAAAGACGAAAGAAGCAUAGUGAUGCAUAUGGCGAUGAGGAUUGGAUUGUGGAUACGGACGGGGAAGAAGAUAUCCCUCAAAGUGAUAUAGACUCUUUCCGGGAAGAUUCAUAUUUAUCGUCCCCAGUCCGUUCUACCCCCGGUCCACGCGCAUCUCGACAACCACCGGAAUUAUCUCCCACGUUUGACUUCUCGACAAAUCUUUCUAGCGCGCUUCUCCUCACAGGCCCUCAUGGCUCUGGGAAGACGGCAGCUGUCUAUGCCUGCGCUCAGGAGCUGGGGUGGGAGGUUUUCGAGGUCAACCCCGGCACUGGCAAGCGGAGCGGUUCGCUACUUGCAAGCUUCGCCGAGGGAGUUGAAAAGAACCAUACCCUAAAAUCCUCAAAUACUCGUCAAACUGACUGUGCAUCUGAGGUUGAAACGAAGAAAGGUGCUUUGGAUGCUUUCUUCGGGGGAACGAGAUGGAAAGCUGAUAGAACUGUCACAUCAAAGACGAUUGCGCCGAGUCCGACUGAUCUCGAAGCAAGUUCGGAUGGUGUCGACACCAUUAACAUCCUAGAUAGUUGCUCUGACACUGGCAGCGUUGUUCUGGACCUCCAACCUUCUGAACUUUUGGAAUCACUUGCACAAGCUGACUCUGACCCCAAGGACGCAAACCAGUCCAUAAUACUUCUGGAGGAAGUAGAUGUCCUGUUUCAAGGGGAAGGGAAUUUUUGGACUGCUGUUGUCAACGUUAUACGCGAAUCAAGACGCCCAGUAAUCUUGACUUGCAAUGAUCCUUCCCUCGUUCCGGACUUGGAACUUCCACUCCAAAUGACACUUUUCUUCAUUCCUUGUCCCGUGGACCUUGCCACUUCGUAUCUCCGAUUCCUCGUACAAAUCGAAAGCGAGGAUGACGUAUUGCCGGAUUCCGAGGUGUUGAAGCACCUGUAUGACGAUACCAAAGCAAAGAGGCUACCCUUCAAUUGGCCUGAUCAGCCUUUGCAUCCUGUGCCUACAGAUGCACCCGUUCAGCCAGACUUGAGAAAGGCGAUUAUGAAUGCGCAGUUCCUUUGCAACAUAGCCUUUCCCCACGACUUGCCGUCUGACACCGACUACCUGGAUUUAUUCCAUGGAACAUUUAGUCCCCGUAAUUCCGUUAUCAAUGGCGCGGGCGCUAGUCGACAACAUCCCAACUGCCACGAAACGCUCAAAUCUUUAUCUGUGCUAUCCGAGGCUGUAUCUCUCAGCGAUUGCAUCGGCCGUCGUCCAGCAGACCAGCUUGAAGCAUGGGACAUUGAUUGUUAUGGCCUGACACAUGAUUCAAAUCCGGAGAGCCAACAAUACAACGCAGAGCAUGCUUUCGGACGUUUCCAGUUGUCGAAGCCGCCAUACCCAGAAACAGCCAUCACCAUUCCCAUUCACUAUCAUACCGAGAGAAUGGCAGCCACGCUACUUGCCGACGCGACAGACAUUGCCUUGCGUUUAGACCCGACAAUGCUAGGUUCUAAAACCUGUGGCAAGCACCUAGACCGAUUACUCUGGAGCCGGACACUGGAGCUUGCUGAUUCACGAGCAGAAUACCAGGCGCAAAUCUUGCCUAGUAUGGAAAAACUCCUUGAUUUAUCAUGCCCCUUACUUCCCCGCCCUGAGAUAUUCCUCGAUUACAUCCCAUGUCUUCGGUGGAUGGUACGCAUCGAAGAUGAAGAAAAGGCGGAGGAGGCACGAACGCUUGCUUUAGGCCAGGAGGCAAAUAAGACGGUGGGUGGAAGGGUUACAAGGAACAGCCGGGCUGCUUCUGGGCCUAUUACGCAAAGCAAAAAGUUCUUCGUGCGGUUGAUCCCGGUCAGCGAGGAUCAACUACGGGCCUUACGAAAUAGUGGGUUUAGAUUGGACCUCACGUAGUUACAGUC